CCGGGUCCCUGCCAGAACAUCCUUUUUCUAAAUUAUUUUCUCAAGUCAUUAUUUAUAUUUAUAUUUUUUAAAAUUUUAUAUCAAAAUGUAAAUGUAGAAUAGAAUUUUUUUAAAUAAACUUAAAUUAUUUAUACUCCAAAAUGAGCUCUCGUGAAAUACUGACCCUACAGUUUGGCCAUUAUGCCAAUUUCGUUGGUACUCAUUGGUGGAACAUUCAAGAAACUGGCUUUGAAUACAAUACUACCCAACCCUCAGAGAUAGACCAUUCUGUACUUUUCCGAGAAGGACGUACACCUAAAGGCCAAGUUACUUUCACACCCAGACUUUUACUUGUGGAUCUAAAAUGCAGCCUUAAAUCAUUACCAAAACAAGGAGACUUGUAUGAAUCUGCACCAGAUUCCUCCCAACUAUUCGUAGAAUGGGAUGGCAAUAAAGUGGAAUUACAAAAAAAUCAAAAAGAACCCAAAAAUGAAUUUCAAAUUGAUCUAGAGAACCCUGAGGCCUUACCAAGUGUUUCCAGUAAAAAAUAUAAUCUUGAUGAAAAUGUCGAAGUGUGGUCAGAUUAUUUGUAUUCUAAAUAUCAUCCAAGAACUGUAAAUAUUGUAAACGAGUAUGAGCAUUGUAAUGAAGAGACUCCUUUUGAUAGCUAUAGCUCGGGAACAGCUUUAUGGAAAAAUGAAAUGUUCGAGGAUGAAUUUGCAGAUAAAAUACGAAGUUAUAUUGAAGAAUGCGAUCAUUUUCAAGGUUUUCAUAUCCUUACAGAUUGUACAAAUGGUUUUGCUGGCUUAUCAUCUGCCUGUUUGGAGCAUGUAAGAGACGAAUACGACAGAAAAUCUGUAUUAGUUCUACCAACAAUUCCAGCUCAUUUUCCCGAUAACGAUUUCAAGAAUGAUAGAGAACAAGUUUUUUCAAUAAUGAAUGAUUCUACAAGAGUUAUAAAUCUUUUGAUGUCUUUCAACAGUUAUAGACAAUUUGGUAGCAUGUUUGCUCCUUUAUGUGCAGCUACCGAUGGAUGGCGGCAACCUGGUGUACCAAGGGAAUUUUAUCAUACUCAAUUUAAUCAUAAACUGCCCUAUCAUUCUAGUGCAAUAUUAGCAUCAGCCCUGGAUACACUUACUUUAAAAUACAGAUUAAAAUCGACAACCUGCAGCCUUACUGAUCUUUGUGCUGAUUUAACAGGCAAUGAUCGCAAAGCCAUAUCUGCAAGUUUGUGUAUGCCAUUUUCCCUGAACUCUGACGCCGAACUCAUUGAUUGUUUGGAUCAAUGGGAGGGGCCUCUUUAUAGAAGUAUUACUCCAAGGUGUAAGAUAGGCACUGAAAGAGUAAUGCAACAUCUUAUGUUAAGGGGUAUACCAGAAACUAGGCUCAAAAAAGCUCAAAAUAAGGCUGGUAAACAGAAAGAAAUGGCUGCUUACAAGUGUAAUAGUGUCAAAGAAAUGAUGGAGUUUUAUUUGUCUUGUACUACUUUUGCAACUGCUAGUAAUGUUGGUGUUUUGGAAAAGGCUAUGCCUGUAAGUAAUCCCUUUCCUGAAAUAUUUGAUCAGUGGAUUGGUGUCAAUGGAAAUGUCUGUGCUAAUCCUAGAGGAGAAAGUCAAAGAGUGGAAUCGAUCCCAAUUUUAGCUGGCUUCCAUUCGGGCUCAGAGAUAGGUGAAAUGCUAGAGUCUCUACAUACUGAGGCCAAAAAAUUGAAAAUAGCUCGUUUCCAUAAGUUUACAAUAGAACAAGAUGAGUACGGAGAGUCUCUGAAUGAUAUACUUACGCUUAGAGAAAAUUAUGAAGAUAGUUAUUUGGUUUAAGGUAAAUUAUUUAAGAAAAAUUUACUGUUUGAUCACACUUUAUUAUUACUAUUUUUUAUAUUGUUACAUGAACUUGAAUAAACUUUAUUUGAAACAGUAACAC